CAAUUUAUCGUCUCUUUAUCGCACUGUUUUUACAUAAUAACGAGCAGACCGAGGGCUUCAACUGACUCACGCUUUUAAACUCGAGGUUUACCAUAUGACAGGCGCGAUGGCUCUUUGAUAUCCGCAGUGUGCCACCAGCUCUUGGACCAGACAGUUUUAUCAUUUCAAACUUCAAAAUUUGCAUUCAUCUCUCGUGAUCCAAAUCGCGUGCGUUCGUUUCGCCACCUUCGUAAAUUAUACAUGCACCAAUCUGAUCUCCUACUGUCAACAAAAUCAAAAGAAUUCAUAUUAUUUAUUUUUUGAUAUUCUCCUGAAGAUAAGUUAAUGAUUUAAUCUAUAGAGAAUUCACACUUCAUAAAAUGAUUCCUAGAAAAUAUUGGCAAUUCGUCAUUCGGAACGAGGAUUGCAUUAUUUCGUAUCAGAUCAAUAAAACAACCUGCAUUUAAAUUGCACAAUAGUACGCACGAGCAACUGCAGUUCUUUCUGCAAUCCCCCCUUACUCUUGUCAAUCUGUUAUCAACUUUGACAGAAAACACUCCAUGAGGAAUUGAACAAAAAACAUCGAGAUAAAAGUGUUGAGUGAAUAAAAUAUUACCGAAUAAAAAUGACUAAUUACGGUUGGAAUAUGGAUGUAAUUAGUGAGCCGGAGUUCGUCAGGCAGAAAAUUGAAAAAAACUUGGGUGAGAAAGGAUCAGGAUUUAGAGCUCAGGGUGCUGUUCAAGAUUUCAAUCAACUGCGUCAACAAUGUCUCGCCUCCGGACAACUGUUUGAAGAUCCCGAAUUCCCAGCGGACGACUCCUCGCUCUACUUUUCCAGACGUCCGGACAGAUACAUAGAAUGGCGACGACCAAUGGAAAUUGCAGACAAUCCCCAAUUAUUCGUCGAGGGUUUCUCCAGGUUCGAUGUACAGCAGGGAGAACUCGGGGAUUGCUGGCUCCUCGCUGCUGUCGCCAAUCUCACAAUGUAUCAACAUUUAUUCUUCCAAGUUGUUCCGGAGGAUCAAGGAUUCGAUGAGAGUUAUGCUGGGAUUUUCCACUUCAGAUUCUGGCAGUACGGCAGAUGGGUGGAUGUAGUGAUAGACGAUCGUUUACCCACAUACCACGGUAAACUCAUGUACCUCAGUUCAGCAGAGAACAAUGAAUUUUGGAGUGCAUUAUUGGAGAAAGCAUAUGCGAAACUUCACGGCUCCUACGAGGCACUCAAAGGCGGCACAGCGUGUGAAGCAAUGGAGGAUUUCACAGGUGGUGUUACAGAGAUGUACCAGAUGAAUGAAACUCCACCGAAUCUCUUCAGCAUCCUCCUGAAGGCUUUCGAGAGGAACUCGAUGAUGGGCUGCUCUCUGGAGCCAGACCCCAACGUCCUCGAGGCUGAGACGCCCCAGGGUCUCAUCAGGGGACAUGCAUACAGUAUUACGCGAGUCAAGUACGUGGAUAUUCAGACACCCAACCAAUCUGGGAGGAUUCCACUUCUCAGACUGAGAAAUCCCUGGGGGAAUGAGGCCGAGUGGAACGGACCCUGGAGUGAUGGCUCUCCAGAGUGGAGAUUCAUUCCAGAUCACGAGAAAGAGGAGUUAGGACUCACUUUUGAUGUCGAUGGGGAAUUCUGGAUGUCUUUCCAGGAUUGGAAGAGGUUUUUCACUAAUCUGGAAAUUUGUAACUUGAAUCCUGAUUCGCUGACUGAGGAUGAUCUCAAUUCGGGAAAAAAGAGGUGGGAGAUGAGUGUCUUCGAGGGGGAGUGGGUGAGGGGUGUGACUGCUGGCGGAUGCAGAAAUUUCUUAGAAACAUUUUGGCACAAUCCCCAGUACAUUGUGACUCUAGAAUACCCUGACGAAGGCGAUGAUAAAUGUACAGUGAUCGUAGCCUUGAUGCAGAAGAACAGAAGAGCCCAGAAGCGAAUGGGAGCUGAUUGUUUGACGAUUGGUUUCGCUAUUUAUCAUCUCGAUUACCCGGAUCGCCUACCAAAACCUCUGGAUAUCAAUUUCUUCAAGUAUAAUGCAUCCGUGGCCAGAUCGCCAUCGUUUAUCAACCUGAGGGAAGUCAGUUGUCGAUUUAAAUUACCACCUGGCACAUACUGCAUCGUUCCCAGUACUUAUGACCCUAAUGAGGAGGGAGAAUUCUUGCUGAGGAUAUUCUCUGAAAAUAAAAAUAGCAUGGAAGAAAACGAUGAAUCUGUUGGCAUUGGAGAAGUCGAUGACAGGGUGCGAGAUCAGCCGGAACCGGAUCAUAACGAGGAAAAAAUUCGUGAGUUCUUCCGGAAACUCGCUGGAGACGAUAUGGAGGUUGAUUGGAUGGAAUUGAAGGAAAUUCUGGACUACGCGAUGCGUAAAGAACUCCCACAAACCCAACAUAAUGAAGCACAUCCAUCAAAUACUGAGCAAGACGGCUCUAUGGUCGAUUUCAUCAUCUCACUUCUCUGCGGAAUUAUUUGCAAUAAUGAACAGUACGGUAAACCUGUAGAAAUGCAUAAUGAGGGAUUCAGCAAAGACAUUUGUCGUAGUAUGGUAGCCAUGCUGGAUACCGACCAUUCGGGAAAACUCGGUUUCGAGGAGUUCCUGACGCUCUGGACUGAUAUACGAAACUGGAGAGCUGUGUUCAGAUUAUACGACAGGGAUGGCUCGGGCUAUCUCAGUGCCUUUGAACUUCGACAGGCCCUCAACAGUGCCGGAUAUCGAUUGAACAAUCACAUUCUGAAUAUUCUUGUUCAUCGAUAUGGAACUAAAGACGGACUCAUUCACUUCGAUGACUACAUCAUGUGCGCUGUUCGACUGAAAACUAUGAUCGACAUCUUUCACGAACGUGAUCUUCAGCGUACUAACUCAGCUACGUUUACUCUGGAAGAGUGGAUGGAGAAAACAUUGUAUUCAUAAUCGUAAUAUCAUGACUCAUCCAUCGAAAAACCAUGGAAAUGAUUGAAACCUAUUUAAAAUUGUCUUAUUACACCAGUUAAAAUAAUUGGCAUUUCGAUUCGAUAGUGUCUUAAAAUCUAUCUCAAUAAUCAAUAAAUUAUUUACAAUAAAUUGUUCAUGAUAAUUAUCAAUUAAUAUUGAUUGACAAAUUCAAAAUGUUGACAUUUUUUAAGACGGAAUAUCGAUAAUUCUCGGUAUCGUUCAUUUGGGAGUAUUAAUCAUAUUUUAAUAAUUCAUAGUUAAUUGUCGGUCGUUAGCCUACCUCCAUGUGCCUAAUUCACUCGCAUUUCUUUUCAUGAAUUUAGUAAUAAUGAUCGUAAUAACAUUUGGUAUACAAUAUUUUCAGGGACAUAAUACGACUAACGAAUAUGAAAGAUAAUAUAUUUUGAGAAGAGUCAUACUUUAAACUCUUGUUAGAAUUUUUUUCUUCCGAUUUUACAGGAUUACAUAUAUAAACUGAUGAUUGUGGGAUGAAUAUUGUAUUUGGAGUAUAUUUUCGAAUAAAAAUGUCUUACAUGUUA